GUCUCCAUUUCUCUCUCUCUCUCUCUCUCUCCUAAGAAAAAGAAACAGAGCAAAACCCUCUGCACGAAACAGAGGUUUCUCUUCUCUUCUCUCUCUCUCGACCAUCGUUAUCUUCCAGAACCCAUCAGUUCCCUCUGAAUCUGCAUGUGAAAAUCUGGUGGAAGAAAAGAGGAGAGAUCUGUGACUUCUUUUAAAACGGUGCCGUCUCUUUUAUAUCUCUGUUGUCCCUGUGACUGACUGAUGAAGUCACUAACUUCGAUGCCAACUUGCCUCUCUGUUUCCACUCUCUCUCUCUCUCUCAUUAAUCUGAAAACAAAGCUCUCAUCAGUGUACCUGAAGCAGAAAGCUUGAUCCUUUAGCUUCUGUUUCCUUCAAAGUUUCCAUCUUUUUUCAAUUCUUCGAUUUGGUUUCUGUUUUCCGAGAUUCGAGACUUUUAAAAGCUGUAAUCUUUGGUUCACAAAGAUGAGAUACGAUUCGAUUUGGUUUCUAUAAAUGACGACGACAACUACAACGACGACGACGAGAGUUGCUGCUUCCUCUUCCUCUACUCGGAACCGAAUCCUAAAAGACGCAAAUGGAGACAUCGGCGAGCAUCUCCGCAACCACAUCCAUCUAACCAACUGUAUCCACUUGAAGAACCAUAUGCACAAACAGAGCCCUGUCCUAACCGACCGCGCCUUGAUGAGAGACCUCAUCGUCCUCCAGAGGUCACGCUCCCUCAGAGACCCCUCAGCUAGCCCUCCUCCCGCUUGGAACAACACGCCUCCUCCUUCCAUCGUCGACUUGCUUCCUAAGAAAGGAGAGAAGAAGUCAAAGUCCAGCCGUAGGUUGUCUGGCUCUUCCCCCGUUGUGAACUUUGGGACUUGUAGAGUGACUCCUUCUGACGAAGGGUUUGGUAGGAGCAGCGAGAUUAGUGGUGGUAGGAGGGUGAAGAGAGAGGAGUCUAGUAGAAAGAGUUAUAGAGUUGUUGAGGAGGAGACUCAUCAUCACGGUGUUGCUUCGGGCGAUACGGGUUCGAAAGCUAGCGGGAGGCUUAGUAGGAUCAACGAUGCUAUUAUUGCUAAGACGCUAUCUGAUCAGUUACAUGAGGUUGUUGUUGGUGGUGGUGAUAGUGAUGAUGUUGUUUCAUCUAAUGUUCGUCCACGUGUUAGAUACGGUGGUGGUGGGAUGAGUCGGACUAAGAGAAGGAAGUUUAGAGGGACGAGGAGAGUUCGUGGUAAGAGUAUAGAGAGAGAUACUGGUGGUGGUGGGGGGAAGAGUGAGAUGUCUGUUGCUUCCAACUCGGUUCCUCAAGGUGAGAAGCAUGAGAAAGAGGGUAUUGGGGAACAGAACAUGACUAAGGCUUGUGGGAUUCCGUUUAACUGGUCUAGGAUCCAUCACCGAGGGAAGACGUUCCUGGAUAAAGCGGGUAGGAGUUUGUCUUGUGGUAUGUCUGAUUCAAAGGGAAGAAAAGGUGAGUCUAAUGAGAGGAAUGGUUCUGAUAUGAUGAUGAUGAGACAGCCUGAGGAUGAUGAGGACGACUCGAGCUCUUUCAUCUGCUCUGAUGGUGGCGAGGCGCUUCCUUUACUAGUUGAUAGCGCAGAGAAUAACGAAGGAUGGGUGCAUGACUACUCAGGAGAGUUAGGGAUCUUUGCGGAUAAUUUGCUCAAGAACGAAGAAGAUUCUGAUCUUGCUUCAGAAGGUAGGUCACACAAGAAGAAGAGUCAUGGAAACGCUCGCCAUCACCACCAGCAUCAGCACCAGCAUCAGAGUCUUACGGAGAGAUACGCGCCUAAAACAUUCAGGGAUCUCGUGGGGCAGAACCUGGUCGUACAAGCUCUCUCCAACGCGGUUGCAAGACGGAAGCUUGGACUGUUAUACGUGUUCCAUGGUCCAAACGGAACGGGGAAGACCUCUUGCGCUAGGAUAUUCGCAAGGGCUCUCAACUGCCACUCUUCAGAACAACAGCAGAAGCCUUGCGGUGCUUGCACCUCGUGCGUUUCACACGAGAUGGGGAAAAGCCGGAACAUUCGUGAAGUAGGUCCUGUAGGGAACUUCGACUUUGAGAAUCUGCUCGACGGCAACAACAACAACAGUGUGACGGUCUCAUCAUCAUCAUCGCAGUCCUCCCCUCGCGUUUUCAUCUUUGAUGAUUGCGACACCUUGUCAUCCGAUUGCUGGAGCGCUGUUUCCAAAGUGGUGGACAGAGCAGCGAUGCCGCGGCGUGUAGUGUUUAUCCUCGUGUGUUCGAGUCUCGAUGUUCUGCCUCACGUGAUCAUAUCGAGGUGCCAGAAGUUCUUUUUCCCGAAGCUCAAAGACGCAGAUAUCGUCUGCUCAUUGCAGUGGAUUGCGUCGAAGGAAGAGAUUGAGAUAGAGAAAGAUGCUUUGAAGCUUAUAGCUUCGAGAUCAGAUGGUUCUUUGAGAGAUGCGGAGAUGACUCUUGAACAGCUUAGUUUGUUGGGACAGAGGAUCUCUGUUCCUUUAGUUCAGGAACUGGUUGGGCUUGUGUCUGAUGAGAAGUUAGUAGAUCUUCUCGAUUUAGCUUUAUCUGCAGAUACUGUAAACACUGUGAAGAACUUGAGAACAAUAAUGGAAACAAGUGUAGAACCAUUGGCUUUAAUGUCACAGCUCGCAACGGUCAUAACAGACAUUCUCGCGGGUAGCUAUGACCUCACUAAAGAUCAGCAUAGAAGAAAGUUUUUCCGACGGCAACCAUUAUCUAAAGAAGAUAUGGAGAAGCUGAGACUAGCUCUCAAGACUCUAUCCGAGGCAGAGAAGCAGCUGAGAGUAUCAAACGAUAAGCUGACUUGGCUCACAGCCGCGUUGCUUCAGCUGGCUCCUGAUCAGAACUAUCUGCUUAACCGUUCUUCCACUGCGGACACUAGCUUGAACCGAACUCCGUUGCCGUUAGAGAACAACGGAGGUAGAGAAAGAGAGAGCUCAGAUCACCAUCUGGAUCCUUCUAGCGACGCAGCAGCAGGGGAGAGAAGUUCUGGAUUAGACAGGAGAAGAGGAGACGGUAGAAAAAACCGACCGGCUGUUGAAGAGAUUUGGUUGGAAGUUAUUGAGAAGCUUAGAGUUAAUGGGUUGAGAGAGUUUCUUUACAAAGAAGGAAGAAUCGUCUCUCUUAGUCUCGGUUCAGCUCCUACGGUGCACUUGAUGUUCAGCUCACCGUUAACAAAAUCAACGGCUGAGAAGUUCCGUGGGCAUAUAAUGCAAGCGUUUGAGGCGGUGCUCGAGUCUCCGGUAACUAUAGAGAUCAGAUGCGAGACAAAGAGAGACUCGAGGCCACCAAGAUCAUCAUCUUUAGCACUCGUUGGACAAGAUCACAACAUGAAUGGAAGCGGGAGAAGUGAGAUAGUUGAGGUCAUCGAAUCUAAUGGACAGAGACGGCGUCAGCAACAGAAGCAAGAGGAGGAAAGGACGGAGCGAGUUGGUUCAUCCGCGUUGGCUAGAGCUAGAAGGAAACAUAUGGAAGCAAGCCAGAGUCAGAACCAGAGCCAAAGCAUUGUGAGAGGUAGAGUCUCGUUGGCUCGUGUGAUUCAGCAAGCUGAUGGAUGCACACUCCAAAACGGCUGGUCUAAACGCAAAGCCGUGUCUAUCGCUGAGAAGCUGGAACAAGAGAAUCUGAGGCUUGAAGCUAGAUCAAGAAGCUUGUUAUGCUGGAAAUCCUCAAGAGGCACACGUCGCAAGGCAACGAGGUUGAAGGUGAGAGGAAGAAGGACAAGACCACGGGCGUUAUUGAAACUCGUGUCGUGUGGGAAAUGUCUGACGACGAGAUCUCCAUCAAGAUAAAUGUGUUUUUGUUCUUUUGUCGAUCAUACUCAAAUUGUUCUUGUAGACUGUAGUCAUAGUCAGUUGUGUAGCUUCUUUGCAUUUGUAAUAGUUCUUUUGGAUCUUGUUUUUACCACAAAAAUAAAUUGGAUUAGUUUUUGUAA